AUGGAGCGAUACUUCUCUAUCGGCCUCCCCGAGUUCGAGCUCUGUCCCAUCGAAUCCAUUUACCUUGAAUUUCCCAGCCCAGAGGAACAGUUCGAGGUAACGAGUCGAGGCGAGAAUGGCACGUAUCGUCUCUUGAUCAGACUCGAAACCAUUCGACGAGACGUAAUGAAGUUGAACCGCAGCGUUGCUCCCUUGGACGAGCCGCUGCCUUCUUUAAUCAAGCUAAUCCGACAUCAUCAGCAGUCCCUCUCCGACAUUGGCACGGUUAUGCCAGAAGGGACGCAUUUGACUGAAACUCAAACGCUCGGCCUUCUAGGGAGCCCUUGGCUGCCACGGCGUGUCCUGAUGCACAUAUCCUGGCACCAGGCACACUGCGAUCUCAAUCGAAUCCUGCUUUCCGGAUACCCAGAGGCAGCACCUCCUAUUGUACUUGAAGCAGUAGAUCCGGCAGACCUUGCUGCUGGUGAGCGCCAAUGCCUCGACCAUGCCACCUCCAUUAUACAAAUUUUGACAAAUCUAAACCAACAAAGCACACAACGCCAAUGUCUCGAGUUUGACACUGCCAUCUGCGCCUACCAUGCCGCUCGCCUAGUGCUCUUCAUUUCCCGAUUUGGCAGAGACCCUGACCGGCCUGCGCCAGAGUUUGCAGCCAGUCGAGCCGAUCUUUGUCUCACGGCGUUGAAGCGGUUCUUCCCGAGCUCGGCACUUGUUGCACCCAUCAUUGAAGAAUUACAGCGGUGCAUUGGCGUCUUCUCUCAGCAAGAGGACGAUUUGGCGUCGUUCAAACUCGACCCCACCAAAGAGCCCACACGUCAUCGCGAUUUAGAAUCUCAACUCUCAGCUGCUGCCCGCGCUCGGCAGAGACUUGCCAUACAUAGUCUGCUCCGCCAGGCUGAGUUCUCUGAUGGCGAUGAUGACGAGGAACACGAUCGAGAGCCAGGAUUCAUCGAGCAAGCCUCAGCUCAGGGGCUUGAAAGGGGUGGCGAUUUUCCAAGUCCGUCAUACUCAUAA